AUGUCAAAUCAGACAGUGAUAGUGGAAUUCUUGCUCCUGAGACUGGCUGAAAGUCCAAUGCUGCUGAGACUGCAUGCCACACUCUUCUCCUUCAUCUACCUGAUGGCUCUUUUGGAGAAUUUGGUCAUCAUCGUCCUCACCAUUCUCGACCAACACCUCCACACCCCAAUGUACUACUUCCUUAGGCAUCUGUCCUUCUUAGAUCUGUGUCUCAUUUCUGCCACCGUCCCCAAGUCCAUUUUCAAUUCUGUCACCCUCUCUGAUUCCAUCUCCUUCCUAGGGUGUGCACUACAGCUCUUUGUGGUGGUCCUACUGACUGGAUCGGAGAUUGGAAUUCUCACUGCCAUGUCCUAUGACCGCUAUGCGGCCAUCUGCUGCCCUCUGCACUAUGAGGCCAUUAUGAACAGAGGGUUCUCGGUCUUGCUAGUGACUCUGUCCUGGCUUAAUGGUAGUGCCUUGGGAAUCUUGUACUCUGCUGGGACAUUCUCUCUGGAUUUUUGUGGCUCCAACAGGAUAUAUCAGUUCUUCUGUGAUGUCCCCACAUUGUUAAAGCUCUCUUGUUCUAAAGAACAUGUAACCAUUAAUGUCAGUGUGGCCAUUGGUGUGUGUUAUGCUUUCUCAUGUUUGGUUUGCAUUGUGGUCUCCUAUGUGUAUAUUUUCUCCACAGUCUUAACGAUCCCUUCCAGACAAAGCCAACCCAAAGCCUUUUCCACCUGUGUGCCUCAUCUUGUGGUUGUCAGUACAUUCCUGGUGACAGGCGCUGUUGCUUACUUGAAGCCAGUUUCGGAUACAUCCUCUAUUGUAGAUGUUCUGGUGUCUGUGUUCUACUCUGUAGCACCUCCUUCCUUGAAUCCAAUUAUAUACUGUUUGAGGAACAGGGAUAUUAAAUCAGCUCUCAGGAAAGUUCUGUAG